AUGGGGCUGAUAUGCCCUGUCUUAAACAGCUGUUUUUUUUGUCUUUUUAGGAAGCCAGACAUCCAGGUGCCUUACCUGUACUUUGAUUUAGGAGCUGCAGUGUUGUGUGCCAGUUUCAUGUCCUUCGGAGUGAAGAGAAUGUGGUUCUCUCUGGCCGCGGCGCUUCACCUGGCCCUCAGCACAUAUGUGUCCUAUGUGGGGGGGCAGGUCCAUUAUGGAGACUGGCUGAAGGUGAGGAUGCACUCCAGAGCCAUGGCCAUCACGGGAGGGUUUCUGGUGCUGGCCUGCGGAGCAGGAGAGGUGUACAGACAGAAACCACGCACACGCUCGCUGCAGGCCACCGGUCAGCUCUUCCUGGGGAUUUACCUCAUCUGUAGGGUUUACUCGCUCCAGCACAGUAAGGAGGACCGUCUGGUCUAUCUGGAGCAUAUUCCCGGCGGUGAGAUCACGGUGCAGCUGCUGGGGGUUGUGUUUGGGGUGCUGGCGCUCUCAUACCUCUCGGGCUGCUAUGUGCGAGUGGCUUCACAGAUCCUGGCCGUUCUCUUACCUCUGAUUGUGCUGUUCAUCGACGGAAACAUGGGUUACUGGCACCGCAGCUGCCGUGUGGAGUUCUGGAACCAGAUGAAGCUCAUCGGGCAGAACGUGGGCAUCUUCGGAGCGGUGCUCAUUCUAGCCACAGACAGCUGAAGAUAGAGGGAUAAAGCAGCAGCUCUGUAC